CGACCGUUUCAACUGAUCUGUGUUACUAUGGUUACUGCGAGGAGGGUGGAACUUGUCUGACUAUUAAUGGAAGCCGAGUUUGUUUCUGUCCCGAAAAUUUUGCUGGCAACAGAUGCCAAUACCGAGAUAUCUGCCAUUUGGAUUUCCCAUGUGAUAUUAAUCAUGGCCGUUGUAUUCUGAUUGAUUCUAACACAUGGCAAUGUGAUUGCAAAGAUGGACGCAGUGGAAAUUGCUCUACAGAGUCACUUGGACCAUCAAAGUGUGCCAACGUAACUUGCAUGAAUGGGGGAACCUGCUACCACAACAGCACUACAAUCGAUGACACAUACUGCGUCUGUGAUGAUCAACACUACGGACCUUUCUGUGAGAAUUUUGUCACUUGUGAGGGCGUAGAAUGUCAUUUUGGUACGUGUAAGGAAUACCAUGGAGAAACAGUCUGCCACUGCUCCACAGGUCGUAGGGGCCCACAUUGCGACCUCUUAACUUACCUUGAUUCAUGCGUUAGCUUUCAUCGGCCAUCACCCUGUCGAAAUGGAGGAUUGUGCGUCACUGACUUGGAAGAUAAGGUGUUCUGUAAAUGCCCAGAAGGUUUGGUUGGUCGCAAGUGCGAGUUUGAAGAUCCGUGUAUAGAUUUGACCUGCGAGAACGGAGGAACCUGUAAGGUAUAUUCGAAUUCAGGUUGGGCGAGCUGUCGUUGUAGUAGAGAAUGGACUGGAUUUCACUGUGAAACUCAGAUGUGCCUCGAUGAUGUGUGUAUAAAUGGCGGAACUUGCCGAUACCUUGAAGAUGGGUCAAUAUGUUCCUGCUUACCUGGAUUCACUGGUACAUCCUGUGAUACAACACUACCACCUGCAUGUGAUAGUUCGCCCUGUCUCAAUGGAGGGACCUGUAGUGAUGAUUGGGUUAACGUGGAGUGUUCAUGUGAAGCAGGAUGGCAAGGGGAUUACUGUGAACAAGAAAUACCUUCUCCAUGUGCGAGUUGGGCCUGUUAUAACGGAGGGAGAUGUUAUACAGGAGCUGGGGGUGCCGCUUAUUGUAAUUGUCAAGCAGCAUGGCAAGGAGAUCACUGUGAACAAGAAAUGCCACCUCCAUGUGAUAGUUCGCCCUGUCUCAAUGGAGGGAGCUGUAGCGAUGAUUUUGGUUACGUGGAGUGUUCAUGUGAAGCAGGAUGGCAAGGAGAUUAUUGUGCACAAGACACAACUAGAUGCCCUGGUGCUAUAACGUGUAUGAAUGGCAGAUGCAUAAAUGGAGUUAGUGGGCCAAGAUGUCUGUGCAUACAAGAUUUCACUGGUACACACUGUGAGACAAAAAUACCAACUCCGUGUGAUAGUUCGCCCUGUCUCAAUGGAGGGAGCUGUAGGGAUGAUUGGGGUUACGCGGACUGUUCGUGUGAUGAAGGAUGGCAAGGGAAUUUCUGUGAACAAGAAAUAAUUUCUCCAUGUGCAAACUGGACCUGUCAUAAUGGAGGGAGCUGCUAUCUGCGAUCUUGGGGUACCGCGUAUUGUGAUUGUCAAACAGCAUGGCAAGGAGAUCACUGUGAACAAGUAAUACCUCAAUGUGUAGAUUGGAUCUGUCUUAAUGGAGGGACCUGUAAUAAGGAUAUGUGGGACGGGCCGAUCUGUGAUUGUGAUUUAGGAUGGUAUGGAGUUCACUGUGACGAACGGAGGGGAUCAUCAUCCAAAGAAUGCCGUGGACUAAACCCAUGUUGGCAAGGCGGAAUAUGCAUAUCAUAUAUUGCAGGCGAAGAUCCAAUAUGUAACUGCUCACUCGGGUUUACUGGUACAUACUGCGAUGAGCCAAAUCCGUGUGAUUAUUUGACCUGCAAUAAUGGAGGAACCUGUGUGGUUUUGAUGGGUGAAGCGUACUGCAGAUGUGUUUAUUCAGAAUGGCGUGGAGCUAACUGUGAAACUCGUAUAGACCCUGUAAGUUGCCUGAGUGUAAUAUGCAUGAAUGGUGGCACAUGCCUACCCCAUGCACGUGAUGGUGCAACAUGUGACUGCCCUCUAGAGUUUACGGGUGCAUACUGUGAGACAAAUUUACAUGUACCAACUCCAUGUGAUAGUUCGCCCUGUCUCAAUGGAGGGAGCUGUAGGGAUGAUUGGGGUUACGCGGACUGUUCGUGUGAUGAAGGGUGGCAAGGAGAUAACUGUGAACAGGAAAUGCCUUUUCCAUGUGCAAGCUGGGCCUGUUAUAAUGGAGGGAGAUGUUAUACAGGAGCUGGGGGUGCCGCUUAUUGUGAUUGUCAAACAGCAUGGCAAGGAGAUCACUGUAAACAAGGUAGGAUACCAGACCCACAUAAGAUCUAA